CGCAGCUGCAGCAGCCAAGGCAGGCACGCGGCCGUAAGCUGAGCCGCAGCGGCAGACGUAUAAGACGCUCGCGCCUUCUUGCUCUCGCCCAUUCUCACACAAACACCCUCUGCGGCCCUCUCGCAAGCGCCCGUCGCCGUCCUUCGCCCAGCGUCCUGCGCUGCGCUCCUGCACCGCACCCAGCAGGCAGCUUCUCUCUUAGCGACACCUCUCCCUCUCUCUCACCACCAAUGGCCGACAACGGCCAGGCCACGGCCGCCGGCCCGGCUCCGGCCACGGCGCCCCAGGCCGCGCCGGCGCUGACGGCGACGCCCAGCCCCGAGACGCGCGCCACGACGGCGGCGCCGUCGGUGCACAGCGACGACUCGCACCCGCGCGAGGGCGGCCGCCCCGGCGGCGUCAACGUCAAGGAGGCCGAGGCGCAGUUCGCCGAGCUCGGCCGCACCCUCAGCCAGCAGAGCCGUGCGGCGCGCGGCGAGAAGGACCUCGAGGCCGACGACGACGACUUCAACCUCGAGGACUUCCUCGCCUCCACCACCAGCGAGUCGUCGCGCGCCGGCAUCAAGCGCAAGCGCCUCGGCGUCGUGUGGGACAACGUCGAGGUCAUCGGCGCCGGCAGCAUGACGCUCGGCGUGCGCACCUUCCCCGACGCCGUCGUGCAGAACUUCGGCUACCCGGUCUUCACGCUGCUCAAGCUCUUCGGCGUCAAGCUGUUCGACUUUGGCGAGCGCAAGCUGCUCACGGGCUUCGAGGGCGCGCUGCGCCCCGGCGAGAUGUGCCUCGUGCUCGGCCGGCCCAACGCCGGCUGCUCGACGUUCCUCAAGACCAUCACGCACAACCACAGCGGCUACGGCGCCGUCAAGGGCUCGAUCAAGUACGGCGGCAUCGACGGCGGCGAGUUUGCCGAGCACUACCGCGGCGAGCUCGUGUACAACGAGGAGGACGACCAGCACUACCCGACGCUCACCGUCGCCGAGACGAUCAUGCUGGCGCUGCGCCUCAAGACGCCCGGCAAGCGCGUCGAGGGCCAGACGGCGCACGACUACCGCCAGCAGAUCCUCACGACGAUCCUCAAGAUGCUCAACAUUGAGCACACGCGCGACACCAAGGUCGGCGACGCCUUUGUGCGCGGCGUGUCCGGCGGCGAGCGCAAGCGUGUCUCCAUCGCCGAGAUGCUCUGCUCGCGCGCCUCGAUUCUCGCGUGGGACAAUGCCUCGCGCGGCCUCGACGCCUCGACGGCGCUCGACCUGGCCAAGAGCCUGCGUGUGCUGGCCAACAUCAUCCAGACGCCCACCUUCGUCACGCUCUACCAGGCCGGCGAGGGCAUCUGGGAGCAGUUCGAAAAGGUCCUCGUCAUCGACGACGGCCGCUGCGUGUACUUUGGUCCGCGCACCGAGGCGCGCCAGUACUUCAUCGACCUCGGCUUCGAGGACAUGCCGCGGCAGACGAGCGCCGACUACUGCACGGGCUGCACGGACAAGUACACGCGCCGCUUCGCCGAGGGCCACGACGAGAGCAACACGCCCUCGACGCCCGAGCAGCUCGAGGAGGCGUUCCGCAACAGCGACAUCUACAAGCGCAUGCACCAGGCCAAGGUCGACUACGAGGCCGAGGUGGCGCAGGACAAGAGCUGGACCGAGGAGUUCAAGCAGGCCGUCGCCGAGGACAAGGCGCGCGGCGUGCGCAAGCAGAGCAAGUACACCGUCAGCUUCUUCGAGCAGGUGCGCGCCCUCACCAUCCGGCAGUUCUGCAUGAUCAUCGGCGACAAGCGCGACAUCUUCGUUUCCUACGCCACGGCCAUCGCCGUCGCGCUCAUUGCCGGCAGUCUCUUCUACCAGCUUCCCGUCACGAGCUCCGGCGCCUUUACGCGCGGCGGUGUCCUCUUCAUCUCGCUCCUGUUCAACAGUCUCACGGCCUUCAGCGAGCUGCCCACGCAGAUGGGCGGGCGUCCGAUCCUGUACCGACAGACGGGCUUCGCCUUCUUCCGGCCGUCGGCGUUGACCAUCUCGCAGCUCGCCGCCGACGUGCCGCUCGGCGUGCCGCGCCUGACGGCCUUUUCGCUCAUCGUCUACUUCAUGGCCGGCCUGCACUACUCGGCGGGCGCCUUCUUCACGUUCCUCAUCAACGUCAUCAUCGCCUACUACGCCUUCCGCGCGCUCUUUGCCCUCUUCGGCACCGUGUGCGAGUCGUACGACGUCGCCGCGCGCCUGGCCGCCGUGAUCAUCGUCUCGCUCGUCGUGUUUGCCGGCUACGUGGCGCCGCGCGACGCCAUGCCGCGCUGGCUCUUCUGGAUUUCCUACAUCAACCCCGUCUACUACGGCUUCGAGGCACUGAUGAUCAACGAGUUCAUGCGCCUCGACCUGCUCUGCGAGAGCAUCGUGCCGACGGGUGCGGGCUAUCCGGCGGGCCUCGGCGCCAACCAGGUGUGCACGCUCGCGGGCUCCGUGCCCGGCAACCCCAUCGUGCCGGGCAUGGACUACCUGCGGGCCUCGUUUGGCUACCAGCGCUGGCACCUCUGGCUCAACUUCGGCAUCGAGAUCAUCUUCUUCCUCGGCCUGACGGCCAUUACGUGCGCCUGCCUCGAGUUCCUGCCCCGCGGCGGCUUUAACGCGGCCAUGGUCAUCAAGAAGAAGCCGAACAAGGAGGAGAAGAAGCUCGACGAGCGCCUCGAGCAGCGCCGCGCCCAGGCCGACAAGGAGGAGGUCAAGAUCGACGUCGAGGGCCGCGCGUUCACGUGGGAGAAGCUCUGCUACACGGUGCCCGUCAAGGGCGGCAACCGCCAGCUGCUCAACUCCGUCGACGGCUACUGCAAGCCCGGCACGCUCACGGCCCUCAUGGGUGCCUCGGGCGCCGGCAAGACGACGCUCCUGGACGUGCUCGCUGACCGCAAGUCGGUUGGCAAGAUCGAGGGCGACCGCCUGAUCGAGGGCAAGCCCGUCGGCCUCGCCUUCCAGCGCGGCUGCGGCUACGCCGAGCAGCAGGACAUUCACGAGCACACGGCCACCGUCCGCGAGGCGCUGCGCUUCUCGGCCAACCUGCGCCAGGAGUACGACGUGCCGCAGGAGCAGAAGGACCAGUUCGUCGAGGACAUCAUCGAGCUGCUCGAGCUCGACGACAUUGCCAACGCGUCGAUCGGCUUCCCCGGCUUCGGCCUCGGUGUCGCGGACCGCAAGCGUGCCACGAUCGCCGUCGAGCUCGCCGCCAAGCCGAACCAGCUCCUCUUCCUCGACGAGCCGACGUCCGGCCUCGACGGCCAGGGCGCGUACACGAUCGUGCGCCUGCUGCGUAAGCUCGCCGCCGCCGGCAUGACCAUUCUCUGCACCAUCCACCAGCCGUCGUCGCUGCUCUUCGAGAACUUCGACCGGCUCCUGCUCCUCGAGCGCGGCGGCAAGACGGUGUACUUCGGCCCCGUGGGCAAGGACUCGCAGGAGCUCGUCAAGUACUUCGAGGAGCAGGGCGCGCCGAUGGAGAAGACGGCGAACCCGGCCGAGGCGAUGCUCGACAUCAUCGGUGCCGGCUCGCAGAAGCGCGUCGGCCCGCGCGACUGGGCCGACGUGUACCUCGACAGCACGCUGUACCAGGAGAACCUCAAGGAGAUCGAGGCGAUCAAGGAGCACGCGCUCGCCAACCCGCGCGACGAGGGCAAGGUGCUCGAGUACGCCACGCCCUACAUGUACCAGCUCAAGCAGGUCUUCUGGCGCACGGCCGUCAGCUCGUGGCGGCAGCCCGACUACCAGUUCACGCGCCUCUUCCAGCACGCGGCCAUCGCGCUCAUCACCGGCCUGCUCUUCCUGCAGCUCGGCAACUCGGUGCAGACGCUGCAGUACCGCGUCUUUUCGCUCUUCAUGGUCGCCGUGCUCCCCGCGCUCAUCCUGGCGCAGAUCGAGCCGUUCUACAUCAUGGCGCGCGGCACGUUCAUGCGCGAGGACAGCUCGAAGAUGUACCGCGGCACCGUCUUUGCCAGCGCGCAGAUCCUCGCCGAGGUGCCGUACUCGAUCGCCUGCGCGCUCGUCUACUUCCUCCUCUUCUACUUCACCGCCGGCUUCCAGACGGGCUCCGACCGCGCCGGCUACUUCUUCGCCAUGCUGCUCCUCGUCGAGUUCUUCGCCACGUCGCUCGGCCAGCUCGUCGCCGCCGUCAACCCGUCGAUCUACCUCGCGUCGGUGUGGAACCCGUUCAUCAUCAUCAUCUUCUCGCUCUUCUGCGGCGUCACGAUCCCCAAGCCGCAGAUCACCUACUUCUGGCGCCAGUGGAUGUACUGGCUCAACCCCGUCACGUACGUCAUCUCGGGCCUCAUCACCAACGAGCUCGAGGGCCUGGACAUCCGCUGCGAGGCCUCCGAGUUCGUCACGUUCCAGCCGCCGGGCCAGCAAACCUGCGCGCAGUGGGCCGGCGAGUUCCUCUCCCGCUCGACGGGCUACCUCGCCAACCCAGAUGCCACCGGCACUGGAUGUUUGUACUGCCAAUACGGCGCCGGAAGUGACUUCUUCGGCAACCUCGACAUUGCCUUCAGCGAGCGCGGCCGCAACAUCGGCGUCGUCGUUGCCUUCAUCGCCUUUAACAUGGUCGCCACGCUCGUUGCGGCGCGCUUCCUGCGCUUCGCCAACCGAUGAGCGGCGUGCUGCGUCCCUCUUCCUUCCGUCUCUUCGUCUCGCUAGCCAGUGUACUCUGCAUCCACUCAUGACUCCUGUACAUGUCUACCCAUCACAGAAGCCCCGCUAGUACCUUCACGACUACUCACGCGCACUGCGUCUUUGGCGCUGCGACUAUCAAUAGAUGACCGUCACGAAUCC